CAUCCUUCCACUUUAAGCAUCAGCUUAUCCAUUCCUUAACUACAUACAUAGAGUAUAACAAUGGCUUCCUCUUCAUUUCAGUGCCUUAUUCUUCUUUGCUCACUAGCUUUCUUCUUCUUCGCCACUCCCUCACUAGCCAAAACAUCUUUCAAACCCAAAGCCCUAGUUCUUCCCGUAACUAAAGACCCUUCUACCCGCCAAUACCUCACCACCAUCAACCAAAGAACGCCUCUAGUCCCUGCUAAACUGACCAUUGACCUCGGCGGUCAAUCACUUUGGGUAGAUUGUGAGGGAGGCUAUGUCUCCUCCACCUACAAGCCUGCCCAUUGUGGAUCCUCGCAGUGCAAACUCGCCGGGUCCAAGGCGUGUACCACAGAGUGCUACUCAUCCCCAAAACCAGGUUGCUACAACAACACGUGUAACAUCUCCCCAGACAACCCUCUCGCCACCAUACUCACCGGGAACGGUCAACUGGGUCAAGACGUAGUUUCCCUUCAAUCCACAGAUGGGUCUAAUCCAGGUCUGGUUGUUUCUACUCCAAACAUCCUCUUCAGUUGUGGUGACACUUCUCUCUUGGCAAACCUUUCCGCCGGUGUUAAGGGCAUGGCUGGCCUUGGCAGGCCUAAAGUCGGACUUCCUUCCCAGUUUGCAUAUGCUUUUAGCUUCAACAGGAAAUUCGCCAUUUGCCUGACCUCUUCAACAAAAUCACAAGGUGUCAUAUUUUUCGGUGACAGUCCUUAUGUUUUCCUUCCCGGCGUUGAUGUCUUGAAGUCGCUUAUGUUCACCAAAUUGAUCCUCAACCCGGUAAGCACGGCUGGUGGUUAUUUCGCAGGCGAUGCUUCUUCAGAAUACUUCAUUGGAGUAAAGUCCAUCAAGGUCAACGAAAAAGUUGUUCCAUUUAAUACUACAUUGCUAGCCAUUGACCAAGAAGGGUAUGGUGGCACAAGAAUUAGCACUCUGAAGCCUUACACGGUUUUGGAGACUUCGAUCUAUAAGGCUGUCGUGAAUGCGUUUGUGAAAUCACUCGCUCACAUACCAAGAUUGAAAUCCGUCGCGCCUUUCGGAGCGUGCUACAACUCAAAGAGGAUUGGCAGCACACGUGUCGGCCCGAGUGUGCCUGCAAUUGACCUUGUGUUGAGCAAGGGAGUGUACUGGAGGGUGUUCGGAGCAAACUCGAUGGUGAAGGUGGGCAAGGACGUGUUGUGUUUGGCAUUUGUGGAUGGCGGUGUAAGGCCAAGGACUUCUAUUGUGAUUGGAGGGCAUCAAAUCGAGGACAAUCUUCUUCAAUUUGAUUUGACUAACAAGAGGCUCGGAUUCAGCUCCUCCUUGUUGUUCCGACAAACAAACUGUACCAACUUUAACUUCACUUCCACUUCUUAGAUUUGGAGUUCUAGAGGAACGACUUGGUUAAAUAAUUGCAUGCUUUUGAUACUUAAUAUGCAAGUGGCCACGCUGCUGAAUGUGCUUUAAUAAUUGUUGUUAAUUAUUCUGUUUUGUACUUUACUUUAUUAAUAAAAUGGUUAUCAUUGUCAUGAA